GCCGGCGACGGUGUCUUCUGGUGGCAAAAUCAGGAGAGUUCGGGAAUGGGAUCGCCUUCCACCACCAAACACAACAUCACAGCAACAACAGCACGUCGCCGGGCAACCGCUGCCCGCUGCAAAGGAGCGCGCGAGAGGGGCGCUGGCGGCGGUGGGUGGGGGAGCGGACCCUGAAUUGUAACGGGAACGGGAAGAAGAUGCCGCUGCUAUUUACGGGCUUCAACGCAUUUGGCCAGCUCGAAUGUGCGAGCGGCGACGCCGACUGCGCAGCCGGCUUCAGCGAAAUUAAUGCGCCAGUCUCGACCCAAAAGCAGUGCACGAUUUCGAUCGGCUGGCGGUAUGCGGCCCUCGCUCUUGGCCGGAAGUUGUGGCUGCGUGGGCUCUUGGAUGAUGGCCCAAACGAGUGCGUGACCCUCGAGGCAGCGGGGGACAUUAGGGCCCUGGCCGCUGGCGACUCCUACUGCCUGGUGCUGCUCCAUAGCGGUCAACUCUACAGAGUGCAACCGAAACUGCAAGCGGUACUAAUAAUUGUCAGACUAGAAGCUCCUCCCCGAACGAAUCAGGGAACAAAGCGCUCUAUCUUUGGAGCUCCCAAGGCGCCUGCCUCGCCGAUCAUAGAGCAUAUUGCCUGUGGAUCGCACAUAAACGUAGCGAUCACGGCGGAAAACUCCGUGUACAGCAUUCCCAGCUGCCUGCACCAGUUUUCCGAGCGUCAGUUUCGAGUGAAGCAGCUUCAAUGUGGCCAUGAGCACGCCGUGCUCCUCAAUGUCAACGGUGACGUGUUCACCUGGGGAAACGGACUCCGCGGACAGCUGGGUCAGGCCGUGCUGAAAGUGGAGGAGACGCCGCACUUGCUGGAGGCGCUGGCGGGGAUCAAGAUAACUCAAAUUGCUGCCGGCGGUUGGCACAGUGCGGCCAUAUCCGCCUUCGGAGACCUCUAUACCUGGGGCCUCAACUGCAGCGGCCAGCUGGGGAUGCGAGUGAUGAAACCCGAUGGCUUACUAAAAGAGCCCACUGUAUAUCCGCUGCCCCAGUUGCAAGAUCUGCCCGAAUGUGGUUGCUCCCAGGAGGCGGAGAGCAACGAUGAGUGUGCACCGCUGAGGGUGUUCGCUGGAUCUCGUCACACUCUGCUGAUCCGCCGGUGCGGGCGGCCAUGGGCCAGUGGUUGGUGCAAGCACGGUCAGAUGGGCAAGCAGCUCCAAAACCUGUCGUACUUAGACGCAUUUCAGGCCCUGGAUGGUAUCAUCAUGAACACUACCUCCGACGAUGUUUUUUGCGGUCCUUGGUCCACGCUGCUUUAUUUAAAGGGAUCGGGAGAUUGAGCAUGAUUCUGCCGUAAAAGGGGCUGUUAAUCCCAUAUUUUAACUUAAGCAACUUUUUAAUUAAACAAGAUAAGAAGGCAACUAAUCCACAAUGCUUUCAUUUUCGCCACACAAACAUCUGCAGACAUGGGAAUGUGACAUGGCCGAUGUCGAUGCCGAUGAGAAGGUGCCGAUGCAGAUCUGCGGCCAACAAUUUGAUUGACUCUUUUGCCAGGGCCAUAUCGAAUUUAGCCCGGGCAAACCAGAGCAAGCCAAGCGGAGCAGAGCCCCUACUGCCAUUCUCAGUUCCCCAGGUCCCCGGCAUCCAUUCUCCAGCCUCCAGCCGGCACCGCCGUCUCCUGGCCUAUCAUAAACUGAUUAUUUUUAACAGAAUCAUUAUCGUCAAACAGGGCUAUGUCGGCAGCCCGAGCAGCAUCUCUAAGCCAUCUGGCCAAGGUGGUUAUAUUUACCAUACCCUACUGAUUGAUUGGGUAUGAUGGGGCUUAAUUUGGGUUUAAAGAGGAUAUUGUAUGUGAUUUUUGAAAAUACUUAUUUAGUAGGUGUGUUUUCUAAAAAUAAAUAACUAUAUUUCCACCUUAUCGGUAAAAGCUUGCAAUGGUACCAUAUUGUCUUUCACCAUGUUCCUCAAUUUCCUUAAAAUUAUUAAACUCGUAUAGCAAAGAUCUUAUUCAAAAUCUUUCAGUGACUUAACAAGUAGUGGAUUGAUUGAUCGUCUUAAAGUAAAAAAGAUAUAUUUACAAGACCUCAAAGAUGUGUUAUUAUCUCUUUAAUGUUAGAGUAUUCCAGCCUGGACUUUGCCCAUCCUCCGUUCGGAAUCUUAUUUUUUCUGUCGCCGACUUUGCCCUCCGACUGUCUGUGUGUGUUGGUGUAAUUUGAUUUUCUGAAAAGUUUCCGAUUUCUAGUAAAAAUUUUCGCACAGCAGAAGAAACGUCUAGGGCUCGUCGGGGUUUUGUGGUUAAUUUCUUUUUU